AUGCUAAGCGGAAGUGGUUUGAGUUUGAAAACUCUACCUGCAGCCAUUUUUCAAUAGAACGUGCAUCGAGCCGGAUGGAAAAAAGUUUGUUCUCUACACCAGUAAAAUCAAUUAUUAGUUUUAGUUCAAACAUUUGAUUUCGACACUGAUAAAUCUUUAAGCUGUAUCGCAACGUAUAUUUGGCGAUUUGCUAACAAGAAUCAGUGCGUUUUGUUUUAUCUCCCGGAACAAAACUUAAAGAUUUAUCAUGCAAGCAAGAAAACGUGAAGGAGCAAAGCGUACUUCUGCUGAAUCCAGCGCUGAGGAGCAAAACUGCAUUGCAUGCGACCGGCCGGAUUCUUUCGAUGAUCUAGUGCAAUGCGACGAAUGCAACAGCUGGUGGCACAUGAGGUGUGCAUCAGUGACGCCAUCAAUUUCCGAGCGACAGUGGGCCUGUAAUAAUUGUCAAAAAUUCCAAUCCGCCGCCAGCGGCUCCCUCUCUACCUCAGCUAGUGUUCGAGCAGCAAGGAUUGAUUUGAAGCUCAAACAGCUGGAAGAACGAAGAGCCAUUGAGAAGCGUGAAUUAGAAGCAGAAAAACAAUUUCUUCAAGAGAAAUAUGAGCUGUUGCAAUCAAAACUAAUCGACGAUGAGGAGGAAGAUAAUCAUAGCAACCGUAGCAGAGUGAGCAGACGAACGAGCAUGAAUCAUGUAAAGCAGUGGCUAGCCAAUCCAGCGAAUCUAGCAGAGGGCGCCGAAGGUCAAGACCAAGUAGCAGCUCCGCGGAUUUUGCAACCUGUAGCUAGUGUCCGAAAUGCAGCAUCGCCGUCUACGUCGCUAUCAUUGAAAGUACAGAAAGUUCAAACUCAUCCGGCGGAUAUAAACUGGGACCAGCAGCAACAAAUUACUAGCGCGGUUUCAAACACAAAUCCGACAGAGUUGGAGCGACCUGUCAAUCGAUUUGGACUAUGGGAAAAGCGUAAAGAUUUUGAAACCAUCACACCAGAAAACCCUCACCGCCAUCGAACGGAUUCGGUACUGAGAAACGCAGCAGCUACUUCUUACCCCAUGUCAUCUGGUAAAUAAAUUGCUCAACAAAGUCCGGAAGGCGUCAUACCACGUCAUCUACCAUCUUUACGGAUAGGUGGUGCAGUAAGUAGCGAAGCAGUUCCUUCCCCCCCAACACAACCAGGUAAGCCACACUCUAAUCCUACCCAAGCCAAUACAUAUCACCCGAGUUAUAAUCAGACGUUCCAAGACAUGGUAUCACAAUUCGGGAAUGUGGGUUUCAGGAACUUCCCUUCUGACCCAACAGUUAGGAUGAUCACCCAAGAUCAGCCUACAAUCGAUAAUUUUGUUCUCAGCUCCUCGCAGUUAGCUGCCAGACAAGUUCUGCCGCGUGAUUUACCACCGUUUAAUGGUGACCCUGCUGAUUGGCCUAUAUUCAUAAGCAGCUAUACAAAUUCUACAGCUGCUUGUGGAUUCAGCAAUGUGGAAAAUUUGUCCCGCCUUCAACGCUGCCUUAAAGGCAAUGCAUAUGAGUCUGUAAAGAGUCGUUUACUACUCCCAGAGUCUGUCCCUCAAGUGCUCCAAACUCUCCAACUACUCUACGGUCGACCAGAACUAUUAGUUCACGUUCUUCUAGACAAAGUUCGUGCGGUACCUGCUCCAAAAUCUGAGCGAUUGGACAGCCUAAUCGACUUUGGUUUGGCGGUACAAAGCCUGUGUGACCAUCUCGAGGCAGCAAGACAAGAAGCACACAUGUCAAACCCAACCCUUUUAAUGGAACUUGUUGACAAACUUCCUGCUCAUGUGAAGCUUGAGUGGGCUGGAUAUAUGCAGCAGUAUCCGGUAGUUAAUUUGAAGACGUUCGGUGAGUUCAUGUCUAGUGUAGUGGUGUCUGCGAGUAAAGUUACAUUGUAUACUGGGGCAGCGAAAAGUAGUGUUUCUGAGAAGUCAAAAUCUAAAUCGUCAAGAGGAUCACUAUUCGCUCAUAGUACUGAGGAAAUGCAAGGGCAGGAUCAGCAACGAGUUUGUUAUAUUUGUAAAGAAUCUGCUCAUCGAGUCAGCGAUUGCGAAUUGUUUGUAUCUCUAUCCGUAGAUGAACGUUGGAAAGCUGUUCAAGCCAAUGGACUCUGUCGAAGCUGCUUGAAUGCACAUGGAAGAAGGAGCUGUAGGAAUGCAUCAGUGUGUGGUAUCAACGAAUGUGAAUAUCGUCACCAUCGGCUGCUUCACGCUAAUAAAUAUGCACCAACUUUGAGUACCCCGGUUCCCGCAGAGAAUCACACCCACUUGCAAGUCAAACAACAAGUAUUAUUCCGGAUCAUUCCGGUCACCUUGUACGGUCCUCGCGAGACUAUUGAUACAUACGCGUUUCUUGAUGAUGGGUCAUCGCUGACGUUGAUAGAAGACAGCCUUGCUGAACAACUUGGGGCAAUAGGAACCAACGAACCGUUGUGUCUCAAGUGGACGGGUAAUAUGUCAAGGGUAGAGUCGGAUUCGAGAAUCGUACAGCUAGUCAUAUCUGGAAUUAACGGAAAAAAGUUUCAAGUGAAUGACGUUCAGACAGUGAGGGAGCUUGCUCUCCCUCAACAGGAUCUUCGCUUUGAGGAACUUAUCGAACGGUUUCGACAUCUCCAUGGAAUUCCAGUUAAAAGCUACGAAAGGGCCAUGCCUCGUUUGCUAGUGGGGGUUAACAAUCUACAUCUGUCUGUCCCAUUGAAAACGAUAGAGGGAAAAUUUGGAGAACCUGUGGCAGUACGUACGAGAUUGGGAUGGUGUGUUUUCGGAGGUAAAGGUGAUUCGAAACUGCAACAAUCGUUGAAUUAUCAUUCAUGUGAAUGUGAGGAAAUAAAAACGCUACAUGAAACAGUGAAAAAUUAUUUUGCUAUGGAAGAAAUAGGAGUCAACCCUCCGAUGACAAUAGAUUCACAUGAGGAGACAAGGGCCAAGAAGAUUUUGAACACAACGACUAAGCGCAUUGGGAAGAAGUUUGAAGUAGGUCUUUUAUGGAAGUACGAUCAUGCGGAGUUUCCAGAAACGUAUGGGAUGGCUUUACGUCGACUCGAAUGUCUGGAAAGAAGAAUGUCUAAAAAUCAGCAGCUUAAAGAGAACCUGCAUCAGCAAAUAAUGCAGUACCAAUCUAAAGGUUAUGCGCAUCGUGCAAGUAAAGUGGAACUGGAUAACAUGGAUCCGAGAAAAGUCUGGUUUUUACCAUUGGGGGUAGUGGUUAACCCACGUAAGCCUGGCAAAACCCGCAUUAUCUGGGACACGGCGGCUACUGUCGACGGUGUUUCGCUCAACUCGUUCCUCUCCAAAGGACCCGAUCAGUUAACAGAGCUACCGGCGUGGUGGCUGAUCUAA